CUGUAAGAGCGUAUGAUACUGAGAUACAUUGUUUGAAGCACAUCUAAAACCUCUUGUUGCAGUGGUCCUAUGAGCAGCAAUAUAUAGAAUGAAAAUAUUCAGUUGACAUUUCCGGGAAACGAAUGUAAUGCGUGCCAUAAUUUGGGGAUGUUCCUUGGCCUCUGUCAAGGUUUAAUAAGUUGUGAUAGUCAAUUCACUGUCUUCCAGUAGUGCUUGCAGGCUGUUCAUUUCAAAAUUAAAACGUUAAAUUCCAAGAAUCAAAGCUUCCAAGCAACCAAACCCUGCAAACAAAACUAUUGUGCAUGAUAUUUACUUCUUUGUUGCCUGGGAAUCCUGUCGCUACUCCACACCUCACUCCAAACAUUUGCUAAAAGCACUGAAUGGUUCUUGCAGGUACCUUGCAGUUUAGGAAAGAUCACAAACACACAGAUCAGAGACUUGUAACUAUUGAGUAGCUGAGAUAGUGAUGAGUAAUCGAGAGGUGGUGGUUCUGAGCGUGGGAGGUGUGAGAUUUGUAACCCGGGCUUCUACCUUGCAGCAGUUUCCUGAGUCCAGGCUAGCACGGAUGUUGAAUGAUGAUGACCAGGAAUUUAAACUGGUGAAUGGAGAGUUUUUUGUGGACAGAGAUGGAACUUUGUUUAGUUACAUCAUGGACUUCUUGAGGACUCUCCAGGUCUCCUUACCUACUGAUUUCUCAGACUAUCAGAGGCUGCAGAGAGAAGCAGAAUUCUAUGGGCUCAGCCCUCUGGCCGACCUCCUGAGCCAGGAACACUUGCUGAAGCCAAGGCUGGAGAUCUUGGAAGUCCGUUUUUCUCUCCAAGAGAUGCAGGCUUUUUUCCGGAUCUUUGGUUCCUGCAGUACCACUGUUGAGACGCUAGCUGAACAGAUCACUGUGUUUGCUGGGCAGCAGUCAGGACAGAGCUGGAAUAGCCCUUUUCCUUCUCAGAAACCACUCCUUCCACUUCCUUUGGAAAGACCUUCUCAUCACGACAUGGUUUUUCAGUGUGGUACUGACUACUCUGCUGGUGACCAGUUUGUGGCCAGGUAUGUUUCCAUAAAGCCUGAUAAUAGAAAGCUGAUUAACGGUACUAAUGUGCUAGGCCUGCUGCUUGACACUUUACUCAAGGAUGGAUUUCGCCUCAUAAGCACCAGGACAGUCUCCAGUGAAGAAAAAAUCGAAUGCUACAGUUUUGAAAGGAUGAAGAGGCCAGCAGGCCUUACUGUCGUGGUGAAGCAAACCCCAGGGAUCUCCGGGGUAGCACAGGCAAAGAGAAGCCAGGUGCAGAGAGGGAAAUAA